UUAUUUACUAUUCAAAUAAAAUUAUGACCGGAUGACCUGUUGGAGGACAUGUUGAUUUUGUCACGAAUAAAAACGAUAUUUGUCAAUUCGUCAAAAACUGUUUUGUUUAGACGAAAAAUUAACUAAAUUGUACAGUAAAUCGUGUGAUACCGUGUUGUGUAACGUUAGAACAGUAUAAUGUGUGAUAUAUAUUUACAAAAAUAAGUUUGACUGAGGGAUAAACAUUCGUUACAACGUCAAUUCUUGUUAUUUGACGAGGCGACUAACCAACAAAACUUGGCUGUUUUUGUCUAAAAUUUAAACAAAAUACAACACUUGCACACCAACAUGCCCCGUGGCCGGGACGAAAUGCAAGUAAACGUGGCAGGCCUAAGGAGAAAUAUUAAAAACCUCGCGCACAACUAUUCCGAUGCCCAGGUAAAAGUGCGCGAGGCGACAUCAAACGACCCAUGGGGCCCUUCGAGCACGCUGAUGGCGGAGAUCGCCGACCUCACGUACAACGUGAUGGCGUUCACAGAGAUCAUGCAGAUGAUCUGGAAGCGGCUCAACGACCACGGCAAGAACUGGCGGCACGUGUACAAGGCGCUCGUGCUCAUGGAGUACCUCAUCAGGACCGGCAGCGAGAAGGUGGCGAUGCAGUGCAAAGAGAACAUCUUUGCAAUACAUACGCUUAAGGACUUCCAGUAUAUGGAGGAGGGGAAAGAUCAGGGUCAAAACGUUCGCGAGAAGGCGAAAGCGUUGGUGAACCUAUUGAAAGACGAGGAGAGACUGAAGAACGAGCGGGCGCGCGCGCUCAAGGCGAAGCAGAGGUUCGCGCAGAGUGCCAGCGCCUUCGGCAGCGACGGCGCGCUCGACACGCCCAGCAGCCCCUCCUACCCGGCCUUCGGCAGUGAAGGCGCGCUAGGAGGGCUAGACUCCAGCCCCUACCCCACGCUGGGCGGCGAGGGCGCGGAGUGGUCGGGGCGCGAGGCGGAGCUGGCGCGGCCGCUGACGGCGGGCGAGGAGGAGCUGCAGCUGCAGCUGGCGCUGGCCAUGUCGCGCGAGGAGGCCGAGCGGGACGAGCGCCGCCGCCGCUCCGACGACGUGCGCCUGCAGCUCGCCAUCAGCCAGUCGCAGCAGGACUUCCAGACAACAGACGGGCUGCCGCCGCCUAAGAAGGGCCAGUCUACGUCCCAGCAGUCGCACCUGCUGGACCUGCUGGACGUCAACCUCAGCAGUCCGCCGUCCUCUGCCCCACCCCCACUAGUGGACCCCUGGGGCGGCGCCGAGCAACCUAGACCGGAGACAUCAUCAGACGCGUGGUCGGCAGUAGGAAGUCCGGCGAAGGACCCGUGGGCCCCCGCCGCCGCCGCAGACCCGUGGGCACCUGUCGCACACGCGAAGUCCCCGGUGUCAGUCCUGUCGUCGCCUUCCUCGUCGGAGCUGGAGCAGUUCGACGCGCUGUCGCAGCGGCCGCGCAACAACCUCAACAACAACACCGACGCCGACCCCUUCGACCUCACCGCGCUCAGUGACAGUCUAACGCCGAAGCCAUCGUCCCCGGCGGGGGCGGCGGGUAUGAAGAAGUCUCCGUCUGCGUUCCUGGGCGAGAACUCGUCGCUGGUGAACCUGGACCGCCUGCUGCAGCCGGCCGCCGCGCCCCCCGCGCCCCCCGCCGCGCCCCCGCAACACACACACAACCCCUUCGCCGACACCCCCCCGGUCGCGCGCCCCGCGCAGAUGUUCACACAGCCACCGCCGGCGCGGUUAACUAUGAACGAGUUGAAACAACAGCAGAUGGGUCUAACGGGGCUCAACUUCGGCACGGCUUCCCCAGCGUUUGGGGCGCCAGCCCCUAUGCCCACUAUGGCAGCUCCACUGGCGCCCAGUGGGAUGGCGGGCGGCAUGGCGGGUGCAGGCCUGGCGCCCAGCCUGGCGCCCGCGGGGGUGGCGGGCGCGGACCCGUGGGCCCCGGUGGCGGCGCCCCGCUCCACGUCGCCGUGGUCCCCGCCACACCAACGCCACACACCCAACCCCUUCCUCUCCUAGCCGCUCACCACACAGGGUUCAAGAUAACGCGGGGCGCGUCGCGUGCGCCGGUCCCGGGCCGGGCCGUACCCGGCGCGGCCGGGGCCGGCGGCGGCAGGGCCGGGCCGGGGCCGGCGCCCCGUCCACAAACUGUUCUACUACCACGACUACGUGUACUUGACCAAAUCAUAAAGUGUACCCCACUGUCGCGAGUACUGUACCGAACUAUUAUUCCUCAGUCGCCGCUUUACGGACUUAGUAUUUGUGUUUCUUUUGUACGUCCUAUAUAAACGAUCACCAAUUUUGAUUACCAAUAAAAUGUAUGUAUAUUAAUUGUAUUUGUUGUAAUAAGUAAUUACGCAAUGGUGUGUGGUAUAAUCAUGUGAAAUUAUGUUCUAAUAAUAUAUUGUGGACUCAUUGGUGGUAGGUAGAAGACUCGGGUGUCGACGACAUCUUCAAUUGAAAAAUAUGUUGACAAAAAAAAAUACAAAAUAAUUUAAUUUUAUAAAAAAAAUGUAUAAAAUGUACGACGGAUGCUAUUUAAAAAAUAUAAUAUAAUGAAUAAGAUUUUAUUAUAAAAGGAGACGUGUUGAGCGAUGUCCUCAGCCGAUGUACGUUACGUUAGUGCGGAUGUGUCGACACCCACUGACUAUGUCGCAGUAUACAUAAUGUAAAAUGAAAUGUCUUUUAUUAAUAGACUGGAUAAUGCUGUGAGCUGUCGUGUAAUAUAUGUAGCCGAGCCUGUCUGUCUGUGCGGCGCGGCGCACAUAGGUUACUACGCUAGGAAAUUAUUCGUAAUUUUAUAUUGUACAAACAUCUGACUAAUGACUAAUUGAGAUUGUACAGUUUCCGAUUUAAUAAAGUAUAUAGUUGUAAAGUGGUCGUGUGCUUGUAUCUUCAACGUAAAUGUAAUGGACUUUACAUUUAAAGUAAAUAAGGCAAUAAAUCUACAUAAUUGUAAUAAUCUACACUAAUGUAAUAUUAAUCGAGUCUGGUUUAAUCAGACUCGCGAAGGCUAGACUGUAAUACCGCGCCGCGCGCACAGACAGACAGAGUACAUAGUGAAGUAGCAUAUAUAAUGAAGUAGCGGCAAUAGUGUAAACGUUUGGGGCCGACGUCGACCGCUACACAUUCGCGAUACUUGUACAAUAUUCUCGAAUACUUGAGAAUCUAAAUCCGACGUGAUCUGUGGCGAUGUCCGUGGCUAAAUAAUAAGCAAUAGUAAGUGUGUAGUACUUGCAUACUUGUGCCUGAUAAUAAUAUGUCAAAGACACCAAAAACUUGGCUGAGUAUAACGAGCUGUGUGGCUGGUUUGUGCUUUCACAUAGAGGCUGUGUGCAUCGUCACUGCUCGGGCCCCGCGCGGGUAAGGGGUUGGUCCUCGCUCGGGGAGCUACACAGUGCCGCACUGCUCCACGUCCACUUUAUUACCAAGAUGUCGGAUGGUGAGACUCUGUGAAGCUCGUCGGGUGGUUGUCGCGACGACUAAGGUGACAAGUUGUUAUUCGUGCCUUAGUAAAGUUUUGUAUUACAGUAAUUGUAUUGUACGUCGCCCUCCACUUCUCUUCUCCCCCUCUCAAACCUGUGCCACGAUCAUGGAGGUAGCGGGCUGGGUACUCUUGACGUAGUCGGUAAUAUACGAGACUGGGGUGGAUGUAACUUAGGUUUGUAUUGCUAAUUAAGUUAUAAACAACUCCUGAGUCCAUCCCGAGUUAUGUCCAUGAUCUGUGCACAAUUAUAAUUACAUUACUCUUAAGUCACAAAUCUCUUGGAGAGCUACUUCUCGAGGGCUGCUGACCUCUACAGAGGAACAAUCUUGAAUAUACGGUUUCAAGAGAAAAGUUAUUUGUCCAACAAAUUGUUCACUAUUUUCGCAUUUUUACGUAGACAUUUAUAAAGUUCAUUAUACUUUGAAAUACACGAAGAAACGUUUUGUAAACAAUUUUUAUGUCAUUCGUUUAGAAGCUUUUUCUCACUUGGAUAUCGUCUGACAAAUUCCUGUUUGCAAUAGACAAGUUGACAGCACACACCGGGUGUCGCGGCUUGUAUCGAGGAACUGAGCCGCGUCACUGUACAGGAAUGCGUUUACAACGUACAAAUGGUUCCGGCUACAAUCACCAGUACUGUCAAUAUGUAUGGUAUAUAUUUAUUUCCUCAUUAUUCUAGUAUUCAACGUAUUAGAUAAAUUAUUUACGUUUACAUUACACGCUCACUGUGUUGCCACACGCGAAACUAAUUCACCUCCUUGCCAGAUAAGAAAUCGCAUUUAUAUAAUUUUACUUUAUCCAUUUGUUGGUAAAUAGAUAACUAGAGUUUCUAUAGCUACUUGCGCCCGCGCCGGCAACACAGUGUACGUUUGUUUUUCGCUUAUUUAACUAGCAGGUUGAUAUGGUUAUUGUUUAUCCGUUAUUUAGAUGAAUUAUAAUUUUUAUUUUUAAUAUUAUUUCUUGACCAUUAAAUGCAUCGAUGCUAAUUCAACGUGUCACUAGCUAGGGAGAAACUGUAAAGAUUAAUGUAACUAUUUAAUUAAAAUAUAUAAGUUUUUCAAUACA